AUGAGAACUGUUUUUCUCUUGUUCAACUUUUAUGCUUCUUGGUUUCUAAUAUGUUCUUCUCCAACGUGUUUCGCAGGCGAUACUUUGAAAGCUGGGCAGAAGAUCAUAGGCAAUGAAACCAACCUUGUUUCAUCUGGAAAAGUAUUUGAACUAGGCUUUUUUACUCCUAGCAUCACCGCUGGUGGUUCACAAAGCUACUUAGGCAUAUGGUAUCACAUGCAAGAGGAGUUAGAACAACCUCAAAAUCAAAUAGUCGUGUGGGUUGCUAAUAGAGACAACCCAGUAGCUGUUAAUUCAACAGGUGUUUUCAAAGUAGCUGAGGAUGGGAAUCUUGUUGUUGUAGACACUUCCGUGAAACUCAUGGAUUCUGGUAACCUUGUGUUAUAUGAUGAUGAUGAUGAUGAAGUGACGAUCUGGGAGAGUUUUGAAAAUCCAACGCACACGUUCCUACCCGGAAUGAAGAUGGAUGGGAAUAUGAAACUGACAAGUUGGAGAAGUGGUGAUGACCCAACAAGUGGAAAUUUCAGUUUUAAGAUGGAACAAAAUGGGCUUAGAGGUUUACAACUUGUUGACCAACAUGAGCUUGCCUAUACUGAGCAAACUAAUUCCUAUGGAACGAUACGACAAUACAAGGUUGUUCCUCCAUCCAGCAGCUGCAACGACAUCGAUGGUGAUUACCUCUGCAAAUGUUUACCUGGAUUCUACAAGGAUAGCCUGGGAGAUGGAGACUAUUCUCUACUAGACGAGGCAAGUUGUACGAGGAGAAAAUCAGCACCGUGUACUGGAAAUGACACGGCUUUCUUGAACUUGACCAAGAUAAAAACAGGAAGGCCGGAUAAAAAGUUAGGAGCGCAGUACGUAGAAAAUUGCACAUCUAUGUGCCUGGAGAUGUGUCCACAUUGCCAGGCCUAUUCAUAUGCUCCACCUCCUACCGAUCACCAGCGCGCUAAUAAUCCAUCAAACUGUUGGAUCUGGACACACAGUUUAACUACUCUUAAAGAAGACUAUACCAAUUGGGAGGAUGAUCGCAGACUCUAUGUCCUUGUUGAUAAAUCAGACAUAGCACCAACUCCAAGAACUUGUGAACCUUGUGGUACAAACCCAGUUCCUUAUCCUCUUAGUACCCGACCCAAUUGUGGAGACCCCACAUACUUCAACUUCAGAUGCAACACCUCCGUCGGUCAACUCAGCUUCACCAACAAUACCAACAACAACAACAGCAACGUUAAUUACAGUGUUAUUCGUGUAGUGCCUGGUUCAAGAACGUUUACCAUUUAUCAAGAGUUCAAGGAUAAUUCGAUUAAUCGAUUUUGUGGUGAAGGAUCGAAGGGUGCGGGAGAUCUAAAGGUUUCUUCACCAUUUGGCUUGUCUACUGACACAUGCUCUAAAAAGGUGGAAGUUAAUUGGGAACCACCUUCCAAAGAACCCAUAUGUGAUAACUCUACUGAUUGCCAAGGUUGGAAACAUUCUACUUGUAAAGGAAACAGGUGUCAUUGCAAUGAAGACUAUCAUUGGAGUGGAGAGCUUUUAAGUUGUACCAAAAAUUUUUCAGAACCCGGAUCCUUUCCUAAUGCUACAAAACACUCAAAAAAAGCAAGCUCUUCCUCUUUGAUUCUCGGCUUAACUCUUCCGGGUGUGGUUAUUCUAGCAUGCAUCAUUAUUUUGGUUUAUGUAUGCAGACGGAGAAUAGCUCAUAUGGUGAAGCAAGACAAUGAAAGGAAUCAGAUAAAUAUUAGAGGGCGUUUUACCGACAGUGAAAGGCGUGUGAAGGACUUGAUAGACAUGGAGGGGUUGGAAGAGAAUAACAAUGAAGGAAUAGAGGUUCCUUACUUUGAUUUUGAGACCAUAGUGAUGGCAACUAAUGAUUUUUCAGAUGCAAAUAAACUUGGAAAAGGUGGUUAUGGACCAGUUUACAAGGGUACGCUACAAGGUGGUCAAGAAAUUGCAGUGAAGAGGCUUUCAACUGUGUCAUCACAAGGUUUACAGGAAUUUAAGAAUGAAGUUGUUUUGAUUGCCAAACUUCAACAUCGAAACCUUGUUAAAUUACGCGGCUAUUGCAUAAAACCAGGAGAAAAAAUAUUACUUUAUGAAUAUAUGCCUAAUAAGAGUUUGGACUUAUUAAUCUUCGAUCCUGCAAAAAGCAUAAUUUUAGAUUGGCAAAUGCGGUUUGAUAUAAUUCUUGGAAUUGCUCGCGGACUACUCUAUCUUCAUCAAGACUCUAGACUUAGAGUUAUUCAUCGAGAUUUAAAAACUAGCAACAUUCUUCUAGAUGAGGAGAUGCAACCAAAAAUAUCAGAUUUUGGAUUGGCGAGAAUAUUUGGAGGCAAAGAAACAGAAGCAAAUACCGAGAGAGUUGUUGGAACAUAUGGAUACAUGUCUCCCGAGUAUGCAUUAGAUGGACAAUUCUCUACAAAAUCAGAUGUUUUCAGUUUUGGUGUUGUCUUGCUUGAAAUCAUCAGUGGAAAAAAGAACACGGGAUUUUAUCGAACUAAAGAAAUUUCAAGCCUUUUGGGUUAUGCCUGGACACUAUGGAGAGAAGAAAAACUGCAAGAUUUAAUAGAUUCAUCUCUAUGUGAUACUUAUGAUGCUUACCAAUUCAUUAGGUGUUCACAAAUAGGACUCUUAUGCGUACAAGAUGAACCAGAAAAUCGUCCUCACAUGUCAAAUGUAGUUACCAUGCUAGACAAUGAAACAACAAUCCUUCCAAUUCCUAAACAACCGACCUUUUUUACACGUAAAAACCUAUCUAACACAGCUUCUUCAAGUGUGCAACUUGAAAGUAGUUUUCAAGAAGGCCGAUAG